AUGCUCGCGCGGUCACGUCCAGCUCGCCCGCCGGAGCGUCUCCUGCCGGCACUGUGCUCUGCGGUUGUUAACCUAUUGCGAGAGCGUUACCCGAACUACAUGGCUGACAGCAAGCGAAUCGCCAAGAUUUGCGAGAAGAUGGCAGCAGCCAUCGACGAGCGAAAUCUGCUUGCCGGUGUGCAGAGCGGGGAGGCUCCUGGCUGUACGCUGAGCGGUCUGCGCACUCUAGUCCAGGAAUUUGCAGUUGCGGGGGUUGGAUCUGGGUUUAAAAGUUUGCAUGACUCGGCUAUUCUAACACUAAUGUGGCACACGUUUGGCCGUGCAAUAGAUACUUGCUUUGCGAGAAAGUUCCAACUCUCCAUCGCCUCGUCGGGCGAGCUGUUCCUACAUGUGGCGCGCAUCAAGACAUCGGUCGUCCAGGGGAUCUCUGUCUACAAGUCAGCAGUUCACUGGGAGCAGUGCAUGUUUCAUGCACUGGGCAUGAUGUUCGUGGGGGCGUCAGAACCGUCAAGCUACAUCUUUCCCCUGGUGCCCCACGCUGAAUCGUCUGAGCUACCAGGGGAGAAAACCUACAGUCAAGACGAGGCGAUCAUGUACUGGAACAAUUUAGAAGACAAGCCCAGCUCCAAAGAAGAACCAACUGCAAAAAGAGUGCGCGGUCGCCCAAAUGUACCCAAAUACAUUAACGACGUCAUUACGGAGAUGACUGAGCGCGUUUCUAAGGCUAGCGCACCGCUGCCGCCGGCCAUGACUGCUGGGCUAUCAAGCCAUUCUCUGCGACGCGUCUCAGCUGCGUACGCCAACGCGUCGCCUAAGCUAGCCAUCCAGUCGAUAUCGACGCGCGGGGCCUGGCUGCUGGACUCGCUGACGAAGGCUUUUGCCUACGUCGGCACUACGACCCGCGAAGGCCAAGAGCGUCGGGAAAGUGCUGGCUGGCUACAACGACCCUCAUCUUCCGUGCGCGACGCCGUCGAUCCAGACGCUGCAAAAGGUCUUGCCUGCGCUUGA